AUGGCUGCAAACACGAAAUCUACGACGGGCGACGCGCCCAGAGUCGCGCGGCACGGCUACGAGUUUGGCGGGCCACUCGGCGCGUUUGCCAUCAGCUUCCUCCUGCCCGUCCUCCUCUACCUCUUCACGUUUGCCUGCAACGACGUCUCGGGCUGUCCCGCGCCCUCUCUGCUGAGCCCCUCGACCCUCGACCUCGAGACCCUCAAGCGCGAGGUCGGUUGGCCGGCAGACGGCGUCUGGGGCCUUGCCAGCUGGCGUGUCACCGGCUGGACGCUCGCCUACUACUUGCUGAGCGCCGUGCUCUACCGCGUGCUGCCGGGCACGCACACCGAGGGCGUCGUCCUCGACAACGGCGGCCGCCUCCCCUACAAGUUCAACACCGUCUACUCGACCUUGUUUACCGUCAGCCUCGUCGUGGCCGGCACGAUUGCCCAGGGCGCCGAGUUCCCGCUCUGGACGUUCAUGACCGACAACUACCUGCAGCUGCUGACGGCCAACAUCCUCAUCGCCGUGGCCCUCGCCACGUUUGUCUACCUGCGCAGCUUCAGCGUGCCCACGCCCGCCGACCGCCGGCCGGGCGACCUGCGCGAGCUGGCCGCCGGCGGCCAGUCGGGCAACGUCAUGUACGACUGGUUCAUCGGCCGCGAGCUGAACCCGCGCAUCACGCUGCCGCUGCUGGGCGAGUUCGACAUCAAGGCGUUUAUGGAGCUGCGCCCCGGCAUGCUGGGCUGGAUGCUCUUCAACUUUGCCCACGUCGCCAAGCAGUACCGCACCUUUGGCGUAGUCACCGACAGCAUCCUGUUCAUCUCGAUUGUGCAGUCCAUCUACAUUAUCGACAGCCAGAUCAUGGAGCCCGCCAUUCUGACCACCAUUGACAUCACCACCGACGGCUUUGGCAUGAUGCUGUCCUUUGGCGACCUUGUGUGGGUGCCCUUCUUGUACUCGACCCAGACGCGCUACCUGGCAAACUACCCGCUCUCGCUGGGCUGGCUCGGCGUCGUCAGCAUGGGCGCCGUGCUGCUCACCGGCUUCUCCAUCUUCCGCCUCGCCAACAGCCAGAAGAACACCUUCCGCACCAACCCGGACGACCCGCGCGUCGCCCACCUCAAAUACAUUGCCACCAAGUCGGGCUCGCGCCUGAUUGUCUCCGGCUGGUGGGGCCUGGCCCGCCACAUCAACUACUUCGGCGACUGGAUCCAGUCCUGGCCGUACAGCUUGCCGACUGGCCUGGCCGGCUAUGCCAUCCUGGCGGCCGACUCGGCGGGCGGUCUGGCCGCUGCCGCGGCGGCUGCUGCGGGAAACACCGAGGUGUUUGUCCGCUCCGACGGCCAGCUCGUUGUUCCCGGUGCUGCCCGUGGUUUCGGCAUGGUCUUCACCUAUUUUUACAUUGUCUACUUUGCCGUCCUGCUCGUCCACCGCGACCUGCGUGACGGCGAGAAGUGUGCGCGCAAAUACGGCGACGACUGGAACAAGUACAAGAAGAUUGUGCGCUGGCACAUUGUGCCCGGCCUCUACUAG